UUUAGAACAGGCGAUGGACAUUUACAUGCGGAGGUAAUUUACCAGUCUGUCCCAGACCCUUCAUUUUCACUUAGAUCGUUGAGUCUGAGAGCAAAGUGUGAGAAGAAACUGGGCCUCCUGUGUUUGACCAAUAUUCUAACCAAAGGGGAUGGCGGUAUUCAGAGAGUAAUUUAUAGCUAAAAACAACAAAUUUUGGACUACUAUGUGAUGUAUUUUCAACUUUACUACGUAACGUACUACUAAAUGUACCAUAUAACUCGCUACACUGUUCCAAUAGGUUGGGCAAGAGUACUGCCCUUUUAUCCCACCAGUGGAAAAAUUUGCACCGUCAAAAUUUCAGAGGCUAAGCCAUAAAUGUGCUAAAAAGAUAAAAAGCCUUCUUGUGUUAGUGGGUAUCCUUGGUGUGGAAGACACUUAGUUACCCAUAAAUUACUCAUUGGCCAUCGAUUACGAAGUUAAGUCAGGAAUAUGGGAUUGUUGUUAAGAAAGUGUUUUUCGUGGUAUACUAAAAAGGAUUUCUAUUUUGGUUAUAUUCAUAUAAAAAUACAUGUUUUUAUUUUUAUUCUUUAAGUGCAGAGAAAAAUACUUUAAUUUGAGACAUUACUGGACAAGUGAACAGGCACGUCGCUUUUCAAGUCUGGAGGAAGGAAAGGGAAAUACAGCUGAUAAAGAUGAAGAAUGA